AUCCGCCAUUUGUAUUUUCAUGCCGCAUUUGUAGUGAGUUUUUUGGAAAGUGCUGUGAAAAAUUUUAAUUUUUAUACAAAAUACGGAAAAUAAUUAAAUAAAUUGUUAAAAUAUAUAAAAGUUAUUUAAUAUAUUAUAAAAUAAUAUAGAAAUUCUAUGAAAUUUCUAAAAUUUUAAAGCAGAAAAUAGUAUAUAAAUUUAGUGCAAAAAAGCUUCCGCCCUUGUAGAAAGGAACGAGAAAAAAAUCGUGAAAAAAUUUGCACUGACUGAUAUAAUAGAUACGCGUGGUAGUAGAGUUGUGCAUAUAAAAAAUAAUUAAUUAAUAAAAAGUAUGGGUGAUUUUGGUGGUUCUACAGCAGCACAAAGUAAUAUAAAUCAAUCGCAAGCAUUUGCAGCGGCUUUACAACGAGCUAAACAGAUUGCCGCUAAAAUCCAACCAAAUCCACAGCAAGGUGGUAAUAAUAGUGGCGGUGCUGGUGGCGGCGGCGGUGGCGCAGGUUUUAAACGUUCCCUAGACGAUUCUGAUUCAGGACCAGAAAAUAAACGUUUCACUAGUCCGGAUGCUAAUGACUACGGUCAUAAUAGCAAUUCUAAUAUGAGUGGUGGUGGUGGUUCAUCUUCUGGCGGUGGUGGUCCAGCUAAUAUGACUCAGGCUAUUGCCCAAGCAGCAGCUGUUGCAGCUCGUUUAGCUGCUACUGCUGGCAAUACCUGUGAAGAACAAGUACGCAUUCCCGAUUGUCUUAUGAGCGCCUUUUACGGUCGCGGCAACAAUGAAACUAUUUCUCAUAUACAAGGUGAUUCUGGCUGUAAGGUUCAAAUGAGCCAAACCGAAGGUGAACGUAUUCUUACCUUAAGAGGUUCACGCGAAUCGGUGACAAAAGGUCGUGAAGUUAUGCAGCAGCUGGCAAAUCGUAAUGGUGGUGGUAAUGUUGAAGUAGUUUUAACCAUAAAUAUGCCACCUCCGGGACCCACGGGUUAUCCUCCUUAUCAAGAAAUCAUGAUUCCUGGUACCAAAGUUGGUUUAGUCAUAGGCAAGGGAGGUGACACAAUUAAACAAUUGCAGGAAAAGACCGGAGCCAAAAUGGUCAUUAUACAAGAUGGUCCCAAUCAAGAAGUUAUUAAACCUCUACGCAUUUCGGGCGAUCCUCAUAAAAUUGAGAAUGCCAAACAAUUGGUUUUGGAAUUAAUAGCACAAAAAGAUGCUCAACAACAACAACAACAGCAGCAACAAAAUAACAAUCGUCCCAAUAUGGGCGGUAAUGGUGGCGGUAUGGGUUCCAACAAUAGCCCUAACAAUGGCGGAGGAAAUUAUAAUAAUUUCGGAGGCGGUAACAAUGGAGGAGAACAAUGUGAAGUAUUUGUACCCAAACUAGCUGUUGGUGUAGUAAUUGGCAAAGGUGGAGAUAUGAUACGUAAAAUCCAACAGGAAUGUGGUUGUAAACUACAAUUUAUACAGGGCAAAAAUGAUGAGCCCGGUGAUCGCAGAUGUUUAAUACAAGGUUCACGGCAGCAAGUGGAUGAUGCCAAGCGUAUGAUUGAUGGUUUAAUUGAUAAUGUGAUGCAAAGAAAUCGUAAUGGUAAUGGCGGAGGCGGCGGUAAUGGUGGUGACAAUGGCAAUUCUAAUUAUGGUUACGGCUAUGGUGUUAAUCAUGCCCAACAACCUGCACGUGAAGAAAUUACCUUCAUGGUACCCGCUUCAAAAUGUGGUAUUGUUAUUGGUCGUGGUGGUGAAACUAUUAAAUUAAUUAAUCAACAAUCUGGUGCCUACUGUGAAAUGGAUCGUAAUGCUGUCAAUCCUCCUUCAGAAAAACUCUUCAAAUGUAAAGGCACCUCCGAACAAGUAGAAGCUGCUCGUCAAAUGAUUGCUGAAAAGAUAAAUAUGGAACUGCCGAUUAUUAAUCGUAAAUCUAUCAAUGGUGGUCCACCAAAUCAACAAGGUGGUGGUGGAGGAGGCGGUGGUGGCGCUGGUGGUUAUAAUCCCAAUGAUCCAAAUGCUGCCGCAGCCGCUUAUCAACAACAAUGGGCUGCUGGUUAUGGUCAGGCCGGAGGAUGGGGUGAUCAAGCUCAACAACAACAAGCUGCUGGUAUGGGUCAAGCAGCUCAAGCAGCGGCAAGUCAAUCAGCAGAUUAUUCUACACAAUGGAUUGAGUAUUACAAAUCAAUGGGCAUGCAUCGAGAAGCUGAAAUGAUUGAACAACAAUUAAAAGCUAAACAAGCAAGUGCUGCUCCCCAACCUCAGACACAAGCUCAACCCGCUGCACAACAAGCUCAAUCUGCCGGUCAGCAGUCGCAAGACUAUAGUGCCCAAUGGGCAGAGUAUUAUCGUAGUAUAGGAAAAAUUGAAGAAGCUGAAGCUAUUGAAAAACAAAUGAAGGCUUCACAAUCAUCGGCCUCAACAGCAGCAUCGUCAUCAUCAUCAUCUGCCUCUGCUGCUGGUGCUUCUGCUGGUGGUGGCGGUGGUGGUAGUGCUGGUAGUGGUAGUCAUAAUACACCAUCUGGUGGUAUUAGUAGUGGUGGUACUUCGUCGUCUGUUGCUGUUGCUGGUCAACAAACUAAAGACUAUAGUGCUCAAUGGGCUGAAUAUUAUCGUAGUAUAGGUAAAAUUGAAGAAGCCGAAGCUCUUGAAAAACAAUUGAAGGGAGGACAAAAUAGCUCUGGAAAUGCUGGUGCAGCUGGCAGUAGUGGUCCUGGAGGUGCACCUGGAGCCCCUGGCGCUAAUGCUGGCGGACCAGCCGCCCCUGGAGGUGGUUAUCCACAAGGUAUGACCCCUAGCCAAUAUGCUCAAUAUUCACAAUAUUAUGCCGCAGCUGCUGCCCAAGCGGGAGGAUAUCCUCAACCUGGUGGUUAUGGUGGCCCCGGAUCAGCUGGUGGCUAUGGAGCUCCUGGAGGUUAUCCUGGAGCUCCACAACCACCAGGCAGUGGUCCCAGUCAAGGUGGUGGCAACAGCCAGAAGAAAGGAGACAAACAUUAAACUCUUACACUAAGACCCACACCCUUUUUAACAACCGACUUGAGGGAGAAUUGACACAGAACAAGAACAAGAAGUUGAGGUGGGGAGUUAAGGAUUUUUGGAAAUUUAUAUUUAUAAUU